UUUAGUAUAAGCUAGCCCAGAGGAGGUCCUUCCAGCACGAGCAUUGUAACGCGAAUUUCCGUUUUGACGUUUAGAGUCCACUGUCAAUAACACUGCACACUAAUAAUACGUGUUAAUGCUACGUGAAGAUACAGUGCAUGGACCCCCGAUGGGAUGGAAUUUGAACCUUAAGUGUAUGUAAACAUAAUAGGACAGAUACACCAUCGUAUUUAAACCUGUUUUGUACGGAUAUGGAAACGAGGCGGUAUAUUAAUAUGAAAUUAAUGUAACCGUGAUAUAUGUUUUCACCAUGAUCCGCAUGACCAUAUUUAUUGUGCUGCUGGCCAUGCUUAUUUAUAGUAACAUGGACGGCAAUAUUCCCGAACCAAUACCGGAACAAUUUAAGGUCAAGGUCAUGGAUUUAUGUAUCAAGACAUACAGACACACGUUGAACGUUUUAGUAAGUCUAGGACUGACAACGCCAUUUUCUGAAUUUGAGAGGAAACUCAGUGAUCGUUUCAUUCUAUUGAUGACGACGGGAUUCCCGUGGGUUCGAGGCUACGACUCUCAAUUACAGAUUACAGACACAACCAUGAAGGGUGUCCAUGUGCGCAUGUACCAGCCUGUGUCGUCAUUACAACAUAAACAAAGGCCUGUACUCGUCUACUUCCACGGCGGCUGGUGGAGCUUGCUUUCGAUUGACUCGUACGACCCGCUGAUGAGAAGGAUCGCCAAGGAUAGUGGAGUUGUCAUCAUCUCUGUCAAUUACAGGUUAAGUCCACAACAUCCGUUUCCGGUUCCUCUUCACGACUGUUUGGAUGUUGUGGAAUACGUCAUCGAAAACAGUGCGACUCUGAAUAUUCAUCCACAGAAAAUUGCCAUUGGUGGCGAUAGUGCCGGGGGUAAUAUGGCCGCAGCGAUAUCACUCCGUUUAAAAAAGAAGCUCGCCCUACAGUUGCUCAUUGUUCCGGUGUUACAGUUGGCGAAUUGGAACACGUCUUCGUUUAUUGAAAACGCCAAUUAUCUCUCUCAAAGCGCCAACAAUAAAAACUAUAUACUUCUCGUGUUAAAUUACUUAAAUAUCGAUCAUAAAUAUGAACAUGACUUUUUAAAUAAUAAUCAUACGUCUCAGGCCUUUAAGCAAUUUUAUUUUACAGAGAUUCUUGAUCAAAAUUUAUGGCUGCCGAAGCGAUAUAUCAGAAGCGAACUGUUAAGAGAAAAUAUCGACUUACAAACAGAAUUUGGAAACGAAGAACUCUUUUCUCUGAUCGAGAGUCGUAUCACUGACCCAAUGAUGUCACCAUUACUUGCGGAUGACGACAUGUUAGAAGAUUUACCAAUGACAUAUAUCGUCACAUCCGGUUUUGAUAUAGUGCGGGAUGACGGGAUCAUGUUUUCGGAGAGGCUUAAGCAGGUUGGACAAAAAGUUAUUCUCAAGCAUUACGAAGAAGCGUUCCAUACGUCUUUAAUAUUCCCACAUGGACCUUUAAAACUCGAAGUAGGUGUUAGAAUCGUUCAGGAUAUUGUCAAAGUUCUACGAAACACUUUACGUUCAUCUUUAUAGGUGAUAUUCUCAAAAUCACACCAUUAUCAGGUCAUAGAAAUAAAUCUUUUGACCAUAUACAGUAUUGUAUAAACCUUCCCAACUAGUGAUGGUUGGUUAUCAUGUUGAUCUUAUUCUGAUUAGUUCAACAAUAUUUAUUAAAGAUAAUAAGUUUAUCGAUUAACCAGCGACAUUCAGAUGAACGUGAUGAUCACGAGUUCAAGAACCCGUUGAAAGCUCGUCAAACUUUCAGGAAAGUCAUGCUUGACCAAUGAUUUAGGUUUUUGACCCGGGAAAAGUAUGAUUAAAAUACGUUUAAAAUCAAGGUUGGAGUUAGCUGUGGAUACUGCGACUGAUUGGCAGGUGUUUGCAAUAUACUCUGUCUAUUACAAUAUACGCAGGUCAGUGUAAAAAGGUAUCUACACCUAAAGGAACAUAUAUUUUACGUGCCAUUACAUUGACAUAUGGAAACGCUACCAACCUGUUCCUCACGUAUGUCAUAAAGGAAAUCAUUGUUGUCACUGAGGCGGUGUUAAUUACACAGCUUGGGAGUUGUGCAAUAUGUACACGUAAUUAUAUCAACUAUUUGUAAUACUCAGAAUAAAAAUUUCUUUUGAAAGACAAAGGGGUUCAGAUGAGAUCUUAUGUGCAUAGCAUAAUAAUAUCUUCUUGUCAUUGUUAUUUACGUUGCUGACUUGGCCGUAAAAUUAAUUUUAUUCUAUCAACGAACAAGUUCUUCCAGGUUUCAUGUAACACGUUGAAUUAGGACAACUGCUUAAUGCAAAAUGUUAUAGGUAGCUAUAGAUAACUAGGUCAUGCUUAGCAAAGGUCACGUGCAUAUUGUGAAGGUUAAGUUAUAAGAUAUACGUGCUUUACCCUGGUAAUGUGGAAUCAUAUUGCAGGUAUUGGUUUCAUAUUUCCCCGAGUCAUCCAGGUUUCGAUUUGCACAUUAAACAGGCUUGCUUAAUCGAGAAUGGAAAUGUCAUAAUUUGUAUAACUUGUUUAAAUCAAAAUUAAUUUGAUUUUUUUCGCGUGAAGUGAAUGCAAUGACGCAUGUAUUUAUUGUAAGUGUGAACAUGGAUGUAUGAAGAGAGGAAAUCUUGAAAAUAAGGAAUGUACCUAUCACGAUAAUAAAUGUUUACUUGUAUGUGUGGAUUAAAAGAAUCUUC